AUGAAUCUCUCAUCACAAUCAUCACCGCCGUCCACCGUCGAACUCACCCAGACAUUCCACCACUCGACCGCCCUCUACGACUACCACAUCCGGUGGACGUCGCUGGGCUCCGAGGCCUUGCCACCACUGGUCUUCGUGCACGGCACACCCUGGUCGUCGCGCGUGUGGAGCACCUACGCCCAGUCUCUGGCCAACUAUUUUCACGUCUACCUCUUCGACAACCCGGGCUUCGGCGAGAGUCCACUGGGCACGCCGCGCAAGGACGCCACCACUAUCAAUGCGGCGGUGGCUUUGGACGCCGAUCUGGCGCAGCAGUCCGAGGUGUUUGCCGCGCUGUACAAGUCCUGGGAACUGGGCUGGCAGCAGCAGCGGAGCAAGGCGGCGCACGUGGUGGCCCACGACCAUGGCGGUCUGAUGGCCCUGCGUGCGCACCUGCUGCAUGGGUGUGAAUUCCGGAGUCUGUGUCUGAUCGACGUUGUGGCCGUGGGUCCCUUCGGACAGCCCCUGUUCAAGCUGGUGGCGCAGAACGAGGGCGUGUUUAACGCGCUGACGGGCCCCGUGUUCGAAGGCGUGGUCGAAGCGUAUGUCCGCGACGCGGCGUAUCGGGAGCUGGGCCGGGAGACCAUGGAGAUGCUCAAGAGGCCCUGGAUCGCGACCGAAGACGGCAGAAAGGGGUUCGUUAGGCAGAUGGUGCAGGCGAACAGUCGCAGCACGGACGAGGUCGAGGGCCGAUAUCACGAGGUGAGCAGGAACAUGCCCGUGAGGAUCAUCUGGGGGCAGGAGGACAAGUGGAUUCCCGUCGAGACAGCGCAGACAUUGAAGGAAAAACUGGGCGCCAAGGAUGAGGAUGUGGUGGUCAUCGACGGAGCAGGGCAUUUGAUCAUGUACGAUCAGCCGGGGAGAUUAGGGAUUGAGCUGGGAUGGUGGCUGGGGAGCAUAAAGUAG